AGGAGACUGUAUACAGACGUCGCUACUCUGCAUUGUGGAAUGAUGUUUCUACUACUAAACUGUUAUCAAUGGUUGAGCAGUAUCCAUGCUUUUAUAACAAAUACAACAUCGAUUAUCGCAGUAAGGAAAAGCGCGGAGAGGCGUUGCAGCAAAUGGCAACUGAAUUGCAAAAGAUGAUUGACGUAUCCACCAUACAAAUAUCAAAGCGUAUUUCGCAAUUACGUUUCGACUACUCCAAGCAAAAACAGGAACGUCUGCUCUGCGAGCAAAAUAAUAAAGUAUUUGUACCCAGCUACACCUACUAUGAUCAAAUGCUUUUUAUGGAUGCUGAUAUCGCGCCAUUCAAAUGUGAUUUUUGUCCAGUAAUAGUGCAAUCGCCACGAGAAUUAGAAGUUCACCUUAGCACUCAUCAGCCUGAAGGUAGUUAUGCAUGUAACGUUUGUCCUGUUAGCUUUUCAGAUGUCGAUCAGCUAAAUCAACACAAACAAAUACAUGCACCGACACAUAAAGAAGUCAAAUAUUGGUGUGAUUUAUGCACGGCCAGUUUUCGUACCAAAGAAGUGUACGAUGAACAUAUGCGAAGGCAUAAUGAUGAAUUAUUACUGCCUUCAUUGGCUAACAUUCCGCCUUUGGGUAGUGAAGACGGUAAUUCUCUGAUGAAAAUGGAAAAUAACGACUAUGAUGGAUGCUAUUCAUGUGACAUCUGUGGGAAAUCAUUUGCGAAUAUGGUUUAUCUCAAUUCUCAUCGUGCACAACACACAAACGCAAGCGAUCGUUCAUACCGUUGUGAUUACCCACAUUGUGGGCGUUUAUUUACUGCGCGUCACUCUAUGAUGGAACAUGCCCGGCAGCACUACAGCGAUGAAGAGUUUAAAUGCGAAAUUUGCGGCAAAUCAUUUAAAUCGCUUAAAAAUCUACAAAAUCACAAACAAAUACAUGACGCUAUCAAACGUUAUGUUUGUAAAAUAUGUGGUUCGGCGUUUGCGCAAGCGGCAGGUCUGUAUUUGCAUAAGCGACGACAUAAUCGGCCCAACUCUCGUGUACGUCAAAGUUACUGAUCCACAUACAUAAACCUGUAAAGGUUUUGCAAACGGCAGUAGACAUAGUAUGUAACCAUUGCAAUAACAAUAUUCUUCUAACUAACCUAACUAUGCAUGCUUAAGUAGCUACGUAUAUAUAUGUAUUUGAAAUUUGCACGAAAUUAGGGGGCUCCAUAUGGACUGUAACUAUAUAAUUACUUAACAUGAUGAAAUUAAUCACAUAGUAACGUUGACUAACGUUAGUAGUAUUAAUGCAAUGCAAAGUUUUAAAAUUGAAGAAUUGAGGGCGCAUUCGAAAACGUCAAAAAACAAAGAAUCAGUCUAUUUUAUUUCUAAACCUAGUUGAAAAUUAUGAUUAAUCGUGGUUGCGCACAUUUGGCAUUACAAUCUGCCGAGGCUUAAAAAGAAAAAAAAAACGAAUACUUAGUAUUUUGGACGUUUUCGAAUGCACCCAUACUUUAGGCUUCAUUUUAGUUGCGUUUUAUCAUUUUAUUUAAAAGGCCUUUUUUGUAUAAAGUUACCACGAAAGAGAUUGUUCAAAGUUGUUUGUUUCGCAAGUAUUAUAACAACUUCAUAUUAACUUAUUAUUUGGCAUAAAUACAUUAAGCUCGUUUGCUAGAAAAUCCAAGGGAGAUUACUUAAAUAUUAAAUAUAUUACUAAAAAUGCGAGAUUAUGGUCCUUAUCUUAGUCAUAGCGAAGUUUUUUCUUUUUGUUUGCUGUCUCCGACAGGAUAAGAUAUUUGUUUAUUGUGGCGAAUCGCUGUCAUCCACUGUCAAAUUUAAUUUGAUCCCAAACUGUCUUCGGUCCUGUAUCAUCUUAGUUCAAUUUUUUGUUUAGACCAAUGUGACAAAGUGCCGAAAUCAAUUUGACUCCAAAUCAACGAGAGAUGACGAAAAUUCGUUAAAAAAUUAUCAGAUUGUUUCCAGUUUAUAGUGCUUAAACAAAGAUUAAGAGCAGAAUU